CAUAUGUGUUUAUGCAGAUAUUGGUUUCUCGCGCUCUUUUUUUAUUUUUUCUGCUCAAUAUUUUUGAUAUUCAUUAUUUAUUAAGUUUAUUAAGCUUAGCUAGAGUGCACACCUUGUACGCAGUUUCAUCGUUGCUCGAUAAAAGAAAGUCGGAAUUCAAAUCAUUAUGAUGCAAAUCAUCCAAAAAUUUUUUAAACCAUUGCCAACGAUGGAGGUAAACCAAAAAGAAAAUGAGCUUCACCUGUAUUCAAUAAACGAAAAUGAGCACAUUGGAGCGAUAAAUUCUACUGUUAGUGGGACCGAUACGUAUAGAACAAUAGUGGUUCUCGAUUCUUCUCUGGCCGUGGCAGCACGAUUCGUCAAAGAAAUAUUACCGUUGGUCAUAUCAAAAGUGAAAAAUUGGCAUUCUUCUGUGCGAUUAAUUACUUUCGGAGACGAAAGCGUUGAGAAAUAUCUAUCGAAAACAGAACUAGGCAACUUUAAUUUGAAGUGUGGAGGAGAUGGAGGAGCAACUAAUCUCACGCCUGCGAUCGAAAAACUUCGCUUAUUUUUGGAAUCAAGUUCAACGAAUGCAAGGGAUUUGUUUGACUUGCUAACAAUUUCUGCGGGAGAAAUCAGCGAUCGUGAAAAUGCAGAACGGGAAGCAAAGAAGCUGACUGAUUUCUUAGCCAAACGGGGUUGGAGGAUCAAUUCGCAAGCAGUACGACUGUUCACUGGGUCGAAUAAACCGGAUACGAAGGCAUUGUCCUAUCUUUUGCAACUCAACAAUUCAACGGCAGCUAAUAUUUCCGAUGUCGACGUAUCGACAUCAUCGAAUGAAACGGUUGCGAAUGAAAUUGCGGCUCUUUUUCCAGAAAAUGAUUUUCGAUACAGAAUUCUUAAUGUCGACAAAUCAAUAAAUUUACGGUACCCGUGGAUGUCGUUCCAAUGGCAUCUGUUCAUAAUGACAAAAGGAUGGAACAUCUUUUGGUUGAAACAGCUGCCAACAGCAGACGUAGUGAAGCUUCAAGACGGGUCCGUCAACGUAGUCGUCGAGGGUCAAUUAAAUCUUGCUAAAUUUCAGCAGCUGAUGGCAAAAAAAUUGCCGGACAUUAUUUCUCACAUGACAAUUUUAAAAAUUGUCGGUACGGUCGAGGCGAACGAAACUGUGGACCAGAUAUUUUCGUACUUUGCGAGCACCGAAGAUGCCAUAGCUGUCAAAUGUUCAACUCCAAAUAAUAAGAUCAUUACAAAUGUACUAGCUGAAAUUGCGAAGUAUAAGCCCGAUUUCAGUGAUUCUGAGGAAAUGAUUGAAUUUCAUCGCAAUCCGAUUAAAGCCAUGGAAGACCGCACGGAGAAGGAACGUCUUAAGCGAGAAGAAGAGGAGCGUUUCAUGCGUGAGGAAGAGGAGCGUCUCGAGCGAGAAGAAAACGAACGUCUUAAGCGAGAAGAAGAAGAACGUCUUAAGCAAGAAGAAGAGGAACGUAUGAAGCAAGAAGAAGAAGAACGUCUUAAGCAAGAAGAAGAACGGAUGAAGCGAGCUGAAUUGGAUCCUUUGAAGGGAGCAGAAACGGAACAAGCACCUCUAGUGCUGGAAGAAGAGAUGAAUGGCGUUGGCAAAUCCGUUUCGAAUGUGAUCAUUCAAACGGUUUUCAUCAUUUAUGAGCAGCAGUCUAAGGCGAGUAUAAGUCGACGAUUUACGGAAGAAAUCGUACCGAUGAUGUUGUCGAAAUUCUUUCAUGAAAGCCACCAAGUCGUUCAAUUGGUGACAAUCCUUCGACACAGGACAGCUACUGCACAAACCAUUCAGUCACUCGUUCAAACACUGGACGCAACGAAACGAAUUCGAAUUUCGGUGGUAGCGAAUGGAGAUGAUGUUGAACAGCAGGAGAUCGAAAAUUUUGCGGAAACGGUAAUCGAUUUACUCAGCCAAUCUGGUUACUCAUUCGAAUUGCAAGUGGUGAGACUUGCCUCAGGCAACGUCAACAAAUGUAAAUUAGUCGACAUCGAGACGACACAUGAAAUUUUUGCGAAUCCAAUUGCUUGAGUAAUGCCAAAGCACUGUUUUGCUUUUAUAAUUUUUACAUUUUAUUUACCAGUUUUACACAAUACAAAGUUUAAAAAAAUUCAA